AUGCAUAGUGUGGCGAGGGAGAAUCUUCAGGCGUAUCUACAUUCGUAUAAGUUAUCGUCGAAUGAGCCGGGAAUCAAACUAAUGCACAACUCGCAAAAAGAUGACCAACACCGGAAAGAUGUGGAAUAUUUCGCCGCGAUCAGAUCUCUACAACAUGCGAAACGAAAACCGGUGGCAUUCGCCGUGCAAGCAAUGAGAGAUUACGAUGGAAGUUUAGAUGAGAAGAGCCCGCUGAAAGACCACACAAUCUCGUUUCAGACCAAUGAUUUUAUUCAUAUUCACGCGAAAUUCAACUCCGAUUGGUGGAUCGGUCGAAUCGUCAGAUCCCACAGCGAGUUCGGUUUCGUCCCAACUGCUCGCCGCCUUGCCAACUAUAUGGUGUCAGAUGAGGAUCCAACUACAGUAACCAACUCUCAGAACACUUCUGAUCAUCCAGGACAAGAUAGAUCUCGAAGUAUAUGGGAACCCAAGUGUCCGUAUAAAGUGGUUCCUUCGAGUCGACCAAUCGUGUUCCUUGGACCAACACUUCAACAUUCUCGUCUCACUCAACUGCUUCAUUUGGCGUUGCGAGAAGAGAUUUUGAAAUAUUUUGGAAAGAAAAUCAAAUAUGUCAAGUCAGAUAUUGGAAGUGGACAACAGACAGGAGAUCGAAGAAGUGCUAGAUGGUUACGUGGAUUGAGGGAUUCGGAUUACGAUAGAGGACAGGAUGAGAAUCAAGAAGUCGAGUUGAUUAUGAGAAUGACAUCGAAAUUGCACUUGUUACUGGUUGAUUCACCACAUAUUCAUACUCCAGAUGACGUUCAACACUUGCCAUUGUCGCCUAUCUUUUUUCUUAUCAGAGUCUCUGAUAAUAAGAUCUUGGCAAAACUACUUCGCAACACGGGAACCACUCGAAUGGCGGCUGAAAUUGAAGUGGCAAAUGUUCUGAAAACAAUGAACGACGACAGAGUAGGUGGUCAUGAUGAUGAACAACUCAUCGCGAGAGGAUUCGAAAUGGUAAUCGAGGAGAAUGGUCUGAAGGAAGCUACAUGGAGAAUAAUAUCAUAUUUGGAGAAGUACAUUCAUGCUCUACAUUAUCAUCCGAGAGAAGAAGAGAAAUAA